AUUGAAUCGAUUUCUCAAACUGGGCAUUAUUUUGCUUAGUAUACCAUCUAAAAAUCAAAAAAUGUUUCACGCAGUUUUGAUCAAAGUUUUCAUAAUAAUCUUGAUGGUAGUUAAUCUUGUGACACCAUCCAUUUCAUCAAAAUUUGAAUUCAUGGGAAUCAUGCCGUGUGCCACUGAUGAUGAUUGUUCAAUUUUUCAAAAUUCUACAUGUGAAAAACCCACAUGCGUUUGUAAUGGAAGGAAACUGUGCCAAAUACAAAUCAAUAAAAUUGUUACAAAAAUUGGCGAGACUUGUGAAACUUCGAACGAUUGUAAUAUAGAUGCAGCUGAAUGUCGCCAAUACAGAUGCGAAUGCAAAGACGGAUAUGUUCAGUCUACCGAUAACAAAAAGUGUUUAAUAGUAUCGGAAGGCAUUAAUAGCGGCUGUGAAGAUAGCUCACAAUGUUAUCACAAAGUACCUGAUAGCGUGUGUAGAAACAAUAAAUGUAUUUGUGAAGGAAAGCAUGAGUUUCAAGGACUGUGUUACAAAUCUGUAGGUCUUGGUGAAGCAUGCGAAUCCGAUCCAGAGUGUUCGAUUAUUCAAUUCUCCAAAUGUCUUGAUUCAGUAUGUACAUGCGAUGCUGGUUACGUCGCAUCUAAAAAUGAAUCUCUCUGUCUAAAAGUAGUUAAGGGAAACAACAGUAGUUGUAUAGAUAAUGCUCAAUGUACAGCUACGUUAGGAGAAUAUUCACACUGCAUUGAAGGAGAAUGCAGGUGUAAAGAAUUAUAUCACUACAAGGAUAGAAUUAAUAAAUGUAUAGAAGAUCGCCUUCUUGGUGACGUAUGCACCGUUCAUUCUGAUUGCCACGAUCCUUAUCCAGAAAAACAUGAUCGCCUAGAGUGUGUUGCUGGAGUUUGUGCAUGUAGAUCGUUUUUAAGAGAACACGGUGGAAUAUGUAUUGAUGAUUCUGAAAAUGGAAGUUCAAGAGUAUCGAUAGUAUUUUUUUAUUUAGUAAUGUGCCUAGUCAAUUUUUUGUAGUGGAUUAUUGAAUAAUCAAUAUUUUAUCAAAAUACUAUUUUAUAUUGUUAAAUUAUUCGAGAUUUCUGUUAACUGGAAUAGCCUUUGUGCUUGUCCUUUGAAAUUUUAAAUUAAAUCAAAUACUCACUUAUGAAAAAAAGUUUGAGAUAUUUAUAUAAUUUUAUGUAUUGUAUAUAAAUAACCAAAUAUAACUUAUUAUAUAAUC